AUGCCAUACCAAAACGUGAACCGUCCAGGAAUUGCGUCCAUGUCGCUUGGUCGCCCAUGGAUCCACGAUCUCCCUGGAAAGCUUCACCAAGCUGCCCGAUAUGGUUUCGAGGGAAUCGAACUCUUCUUCGACGACCUCGACUGCUUCGCCCAAUACUCCUGCAAUGGCGACGUCACUGAAGCCGCCCAGCGAACCCGCCAACUGUGUGAGUCGCUCGGUCUCACCAUCAUCUGCCUGCAGCCCUUCAGCUUCUACGAGGGCCUGCUAGACCGCAAGGAGCACGAGAAACACGUUACUGAAAAGCUGCCUCGCUGGUUCGGCAUCGCCCGUAUCCUGGGCACCGACCUCAUCCAGGUCCCCUCCAACUUCCUCGGCGCAGACCCAGAAACCGGUCUGUCGCGCACCUCGAGCGAUCGUGCCCUCAUCGUCUCGGACCUGCAGCGCAUCGCCGACUUGGGUCUGCAGCAGUCACCUCCCUUCCGCUUCGUCUACGAAGCACUCUGCUGGGGCAACCACAUCGACACCUGGGAGGCAUCCUGGGAAGUGGUUGAGGCCGUUAACCGUCCCAACUUUGGUCUCUGUCUGGACACUUUCAACAUCGCCGGCCGUGUAUACGCCGACCCGGCCUCGCCGACAGGCAAAAACCCCAACGCAGAGGCCGACCUCAAGGCCUCGAUAGCCCGUCUCCGGGAUAAUGUCGAUCCUGCCAAGGUGUUCUACGUGCAAGUCGUCGAUGGAGAGCGACUGGCUGCGCCUCUGGAUGAGAAGCACGAAUUCCACGUCCCAGGCCAGCCCACUCGUAUGAACUGGUCUCGAAACGCACGCUUAUUCGCCUUUGAAGAAGACCGCGGCGGCUAUCUACCCGUCUUGGACGUGGCCAAGGCGUUUUUCGACAUUGGCUUCAAGGGCUGGGUGUCGCUGGAGCUGUUCUCCAGGACGCUGGCUGAUCCCAACCCGCAGACCCCCCAGGAACAUGCCCGGAGAGGCAGUGAGUCGUAUCGCAAGUUAGUGGCUGCUUUGAAGUUGGAUGGGUCGUAUUCCCAGCCUUCGUCGCCUCUGCAGCACCGUUUGUAA